GCAGAGCCUGCGUGAAUGGCACUCUACCUGAAUGGUCAUUUGUAGAAGAAGAGUCAGCUGCUGGACUUUGGGCUUUGGGGUUGAACGGAUACACUGCCUGGACUAGUGGAAGGUGGAAUAUACUGCCAAACUUUGCCUGGGACUUGACUUUGACCCACCCGAGAGUUGAAAAUAGACCUGAGAGGUGCGGGGUAAAGAUUGGAGGAGCAGGGGUGGUCCUGAUGGCUGGCGCUUGGGGAGUCGCCUGUUCCGGAUACUGGCUCUAGGAGCCCUCAGGGUCCCUCUUCACCUGAAGACAUUCCACAGGACGUGUGCCCAUGAGGUCGUUGACGCUGGUCCUGCUCCUCCUGAACAGCGUCCAGGCUGCACUGAACAUGGGAGAGGACGCCCCGACGCCGCCGAUGCAUCACCCGCACCACACACACCACCAACAGCAGCAGCAGCAACGCCACACGACAGCCCAGCAGUCGCACUCGCAGUCCCACUCCCACUCAAACUCAAACUCCCACUCAAAGCACGGUGGUGGCGGCCAGCACCGCUCCCCAGACUCCAGGCCUGAACUCAUCCCCACAGUGGACCCUAAACUGUUCAACAAGCGCCGCUACCACUCGCCCCGCGUGCUGUUCAGCGACGUGGUGCCGCCGGACAGCAAGUCAGUCAGGCUGGCCGCCGGCAUGGGCCAGGGGCGGGGGCAAGGGCUGGGGUGGGACCAGGACCCCCGCGUGCGACGGGGGGCCACCGAGCAAAUCAUGCACCGCGGCGAGUACUCGGUGUGUGACAGCAUGAACCACUGGGUGAGCAAUAAGACCCGCGCCACGGACAUGGCGGGCAACGAGGUGACGGUGCUGCCAGACGUGCGCAUCAACAACCAGGUGAAGAAGCAGCUCUUUUAUGAGACAUCGUGCCGCUUCGCCAGCACCCGGCCCAGCGGGGGUGGGGGAAAGGGAGGAGCAGGAGGGGGCAAGGGCAAAGGGGGUAAGGGCAACCAAGGCAGGGUCAGGACAGGUUCCGGGGGCUGCCGGGGUAUCGACACCCGCUUCUGGAACUCCUACUGCACCAACACGCACACCUUCGUGCGGGCACUCACCCUCUAUCAGAACCAGAUCACCUGGCGGUACAUACGCAUCAACGCAGCCUGCGUGUGCGUCAUCAGCCGCACAUCGUGGAAGGGCUGAGAUCAGGACAGCUGACCACUGCUGCUGCAGCCCUCCCCAAGACCAGACCUUUCCCCUCCCCCUCCAUCACUCACUCACCUACCAAUCACCACAGCUUUACUGCCAAUCUGGCCAGGACAUGUCCCAUCAAGCAACACACGCCUGUCCUCCAAGGCCCUACCCCCACACCCUACCUCACGCUGUAAAUUAUUGGUCGUUUUAAGUUAUGAGGACUGCAUGUCAUAUUUAUAUAGUUUAUACAGUCAAAAAA